AUGGAUCUCCUGUCGGGAGAGGAACCAUAACCAACAUCACCACCCCUGUUCAGAUGAGCGUCAGCGCACUUCACUCUGAAGAGAUCAGGUUACCAACCCCCGCUCAUGCCCUGGUCAGCCGAACCCUCUAACAUCCCCGCUGUUGAUGAUUGGAUGCGUCGGAGCGAGGAGGUGUGGAAGGAGACUCACAGACGUAUUGAGGCAGUCUUAGAGCGGCAUAAACAACAAGCUGAUCGUUUACGUCGUAAAACCCCCAUUUAUUCUCCAGGAGACCGAGUUUGGUUAUCUACCAGGGAUUUCCGGCUGUCUGACGGCAAUAAGAAACUUUCAGUUAAGUAUAUAGGCCCCUUCAAGAUCUUAAAGAAAAUCAAUGAGGUAACCUAUCGUCUCGAUUUACCUUCUCACUACCGAGUAUGUCCCUCUUUUCAUGUUUCUUUGUUAAAGCCGGUUAUCCCUGGUCCUCUGGAUGAGACGUCGCUUGGGUCACUUCCUCCCCCGCCUGUGGAUAUGGAAGGUGGUCCUGUGUAUGCUGUGGAACGUUUGCUGGACUCCAGGAGGAGAAGGGGAGCCCUGGAGUACCUGGUGGACUGGAGGGGUUACGGACCAGAGGAGCGAAGUUGGGUCCCAGCGGCUGAUGUCCUGGAUCCCUUAUUGGUGGAGGACUUCCAUCGGUCUCAUCCGUCCCGUCCGGCACCACGCCCCAGGGGUCGUCCUAGGAGAGGGUCUCCAGGUCCUAGAAGGGGUAGACGUGGUAGCGCGGGCUCUGUCCGGUCCCUCAGUUCCGUCCACGGCUCCAGGAGAGGUCGUCCCAGGUCCAGGGCUCCUGUCCACUCAGUUCCUGCUACCAGGCCAUCUGCCCAGAUCUCCACUGGGUGUGAGGGGGCGGUUCCCUUGAGUCGUCCUCUGUCUACCGUUUCGGACUCUUUGGGGGGGAGUACUGUCAUGCAGCCCGACUCUCCUUCCACACCGCCGGACUCCAUUUCCCAGAAUGCUUUGGAUUAUGACGUUACCGUCAGUCGCUCUCCUUCGCCCAAUCACGUUACGCUCCGACGCUCAGACUCACCUGUGUUCUGAGGAAGUUCCGGGUUAUGCUGAUCACGUUUAUGUAUUUAAGGCAGCACUAUGUAAACAUUCUUCGCGAGGUAUUGUCGACUUUUGUUGCAUACUAAGCAGUUCUUCUAUGUUUUUCUUGUGUGAUCUCUCGUUACGACCCUGGUUUUUGGUUUAUUGGUUUAUGUCUCUGGAUUUGCCCCUUUUGAAUUUAAUGCUUGGCUGGACUGUCUUUUGGUUUCGAACACGGACUGUUUAUACGACUACGUCUUUUGUAUCUGGUGAGGUUAUUGUUUGUUUGGCUCUAUUGUUUAUAACACCUGGUUAUCAGCCUGUAAAUAAACCAGUCUGUUCAUUUUA